GGACUUGCUAUGGAAAAAUACCCAAAAAAGAUCUUUGCUGCUGUUUUCUUGGCUGCUCUUCUGCCUGAUUCUGCUCACAUGUCCUCCUAUGUUUUGGAUCAGUACUCUGAGAGGACACCAAAAGAGAAUUGGCUUGACACCCAAUUUGUAUCAUAUGGCUCCCCUGAAGAGCCUCUGACAUCCAUGUUUUUUGGGCCCAAGUUCUUGGCUCAACAACUUUAUCAGUUAUGCUCUCCUGAGGAUGUUGCAUUAGCAUCGUCAUUGGUGAGACCAACCUCUCUGUUUAUGGAAGAUCUAUCAAAGGUGAAGUAUUUCACUGACGAAGGGUAUGGAUCAGUGAAGAAAGUUUAUAUAAUCUGCACUGAGGAUAAAGUAUCACCAAAAGAAUUCCAGCAAUGGCAAAUUGACAACAAUGGAACCGUCAUCGAAGCAAAGGAGAUCAAAGGUGCUGAUCAUAUGGCAAUG